AUGAUGAGCUGCCUGCGGGGGCCGGACAGGUGCGGGACGCUGACCGCGGCCUCCACCGCGGCGCCGCAGUCCAGCCGCGGCGUGGAGGUGCAGCGCGGCCCCACCCCCCGGACCAUCAGGGAGCGCACGUCCCGGUGCAGCGCGGGGUCCGAGGGGAUGGAGCUCAGGUGCUCCAUGCUGCCGCUGCACGGGGACUGCGGGUCUGCGCUGAAGUACAGCGUGGAGCUGGACUCGGUGGGGCAGAAGUACGGCUCAGGGCUGUCCCCGAACACGGACUUUCCUUCAGGAGAGCUGCGUUUGUCCGAGGUGGGCGUCUCCAUGUCCAGGCUGCUGUCCUCGCCGCCCGUGGACGACGGCAGCUCGCUCACGCUCUGGAACUCAUCUUUACAGUCGGAGAGCGGCGCCUUUGUCCUCGGACGCAGAGAUGGGCCUGCAGCAACACAACAGAUUCAUGUUUUAUUCCUGCCCUGGGUCCUGCCCUGGGUCCUGCCCUGGGUCCUGCCCUGGGUCCUGCCCUGGGUCCUGCCCUGGGUCCUGCCCUGGGUCCUGCCCUGGGUCCUGCCCUGGGUCCUGCCCUGGGUCCUGUCCUGGGUCCUGUCCUGGGUCCUGCCCUGGGUCCUGCCCUGGGUCCUGCCCUGGGUCCUGCCCUGGGUCCUGUCCUGGGUCCUGCCCUGGGUCCUGCCCUGGGUCCUGCCCUGGGUCCUGUCCUGGGUCCUGCCCUGGGUCCUGUCCUGGGUCCUGCCCUGGGUCCUGCCCUGGGUCCUGUCCUGGGUCCUGCCCUGGGUCCUGCCCUGGGUCCUGCCCUGGGUCCUGCCCUGGGUCCCUGUCCUAGGUGCCAGUGGUUCAGUAUCCAGGGUGAUGAGUCGGUGGACAGCAGCAGUACAGCUGAUGCUCUUUAUCCGGAUGGUGUUUGAUGAAGAACUUCUGACACUACUGCCCCUGAAGACGACUACGAGGGGAGUUGACAUUUAUAACGCAGUCAAGGGGUUUUUGGUGGAAAAAAAGGUGGCGCUGGAAAAGCUGGCAUCAGUGACCACGGAUGGGGCUCCUGCUAUGAUCGGCCGACACACAGGAUUGGUUGCUCACUGUAAAGCUGACCCAGAGUUCCCAAACUUUCUGCAGUACCACUGCAUCAUACACCAGCAGGCCUUAUGUGCAAAAGUGAUCGGCUUUGAGCACGUAAUGAGUCCUGUCGUGAAGAUCAUUAACAGCAUUCGCUCCAGAGCUAAACAGCACAGAACAUUGAAGCACCUUCUAUACAGUCCUUACAGUCCACCCCUGAGGUAUCUAUCCUACAGUCUGAGGUAUCUAUCCUACAGUCUGAGGUAUCUAUCCUACAGUCUGAGGUAUCUACCCUACAGUCUGAGGUAUCUGUCCUACAGUCUGAGGUAUCUAUCCUACAGUCUGAGGUAUCUAUCCUACAGUCUGAGGUAUCUAUCCUACAGUCUGAGGUAUCUAUCCUACAGUCUGAGGUAUCUAUCCUACAGUCUGAGGUAUCUAUCCUACAGUCUGAGGUAUCUAUCCUACAGUCUGAGGUAUCUAUCCUACAGUCUGAGGUAUCUAUCCUACAGCCUGAGGCAUCUAUCCUACAGUCUGAGGUAUCUAUCCUACAGUCUGAGGUAUCUAUCCUACAGUCUGAGGUAUCUAUCCUACAGUCUGAGGUAUCUAUCCUACAGUCUGAGGCAUCUAUCCUACAGUCUGAGGCAUCUGUCCUACAGUCUGAGGCAUCUGUCCUACAGUCUGAGGCAUCUGUCCUACAGUCUGAGGCAUCUGUCCUACAGUCUGAGGCAUCUAUCCUACAGUCUGAGGCAUCUAUCCUACAGUCUGAGGCAUCUGUCCUACAGUCUGAGGUAUCUAUCCUACAGUCUGAGGUAUCUAUCCUACAGUCUGAGGCAUCUAUCCUACAGUCUGAGGUAUCUAUCCUGCAGUCUGAGGUAUCUAUCCUACAGUCUGAGGCAUCUAUCCUACAGUCUGAGGUAUCUGUCCUACAGUCUGAGCCUGAGGUAUCUAUCCUACAGCCUGAGGUAUCUAUCCUACAGCCUGAGGUAUCUAUCCUACAGCCUGAGGUAUCUAUCCUACAGUCUGAGGUAUCUAUCCUACAGUCUGAGGUAUCUAUCCUACAGUCUGAGGUAUCUAUCCUACAGUCUGAGGUAUCUAUCCUACAGUCUGAGGUAUCUAUCCUACAGUCUGAGGUAUCUAUCCUACAGUCUGAGGUAUCUAUCCUACAGUCUGAGGUAUCUAUCCUACAGUCUGAGGUAUCUAUCCUACAGUCUGAGGUAUCUAUCCUACAGUCUGAGGCAUCUAUCCUACAGUCUGAGGCAUCUAUCCUACAGUCUGAGGCAUCUGUCCUACAGUCUGAGGCAUCUAUCCUACAGUCUGAGGCAUCUAUCCUACAGUCUGAGGCAUCUAUCCUACAGUCUGAGGCAUCUAUCCUACAGUCUGAGUCUGAGGUAUCUGUCCUACAGUCUGAGGUAUCUGUCCUACAGUCUGAGGUAUCUGUCCUACAGUCUGAGGUAUCUAUCCUACAGUCUGAGUCUGAGGUAUCUAUCCUACAGCCUGAGGUAUCUAUCCUACAGCCUGAGGUAUCUAUCCUACAGCCUGAGGUAUCUAUCCUACAGUCUGAGGUAUCUAUCCUACAGUCUGAGGUCUCUAUCCUACAGCCUGAGGUAUCUAUCCUACAGCCUGAGGUAUCUAUCCUACAGCCUGAGGUAUCUAUCCUACAGUCUGAGGUAUCUAUCCUACAGUCUGAGGUAUCUAUCCUACAGUCUGAGGUAUCUAUCCUACAGUCUGAGGUAUCUAUCCUACAGUCUGAGGUAUCUAUCCUACAGUCUGAGUCUGAGGUAUCUAUCCUACAGUCUGAGGUAUCUAUCCUACAGUCUGAGGUAUCUAUCCUACAGUCUGAGGUAUCUAUCCUACAGUCUGAGGUAUCUAUCCUACAGUCUGAGGUAUCUAUCCUACAGUCUGAGGUAUCUAUCCUACAGUCUGAGGUAUCUAUCCUACAGUCUGAGGUAUCUAUCCUACAGUCUGAGGUAUCUAUCCUACAGUCUGAGGUAUCUAUCCUACAGUCUGAGGUAUCUAUCCUACAGUCUGAGGUAUCUAUCCUACAGUCUGAGGUAUCUAUCCUACAGUCUGAGGUAUCUAUCCUACAGUCUGAGGUAUCUAUCCUACAGUCUGAGGAUCUAUCCAUCUAUCCUACAGUCUGAGGUAUCUAUCCUACAGUCUGAGCUGAGGUAUCUAUCCUACAGUCUGAGGUAUCUAUCCUACAGUCUGAGGUAUCUAUCCUACAGUCUGAGGUAUCUAUCCUACAGCCUGAGGUAUCUAUCCUACAGUCUGAGGUAUCUAUCCUACAGUCUGAGGUAUCUAUCCUACAGUCUGAGGUAUCUAUCCUACAGUCUGAGGUAUCUAUCCUACAGUCUGAGGUAUCUAUCCUACAGUCUGAGGUAUCUAUCCUACAGUCUGAGGUAUCUAUCCUACAGUCUGAGGUAUCUAUCUCUGAGAUCUAUCCUACAGUCUGAGGUAUCUAUCCUACAGUCUGAGGUAUCUAUCCUACAGUCUGAGGUAUCUAUCCUACAGUCUGAGGUAUCUAUCCUACAGUCUGAGGUAUCUAUCCUACAGUCUGAGGUAUCUAUCCUACAGUCUGAGUAUCUAUCCUACAGUCUGAGGUAUCUAUCCUACACAAUCACGCUGAGGCAUCUAUCCUACAGUCUGAGUCUGAGGUAUCUAUCCUACAGUCUGAGGUAUCUAUCCUACAGUCUGAGGUAUCUAUCCUACAGUGUCCUACAGUCUGAGGAUCCCGCUGGUACUGUCCUACAGUCUGAGGUAUCUAUCCUACACAGUCUGAGGUAUCUAUCCUACAGUCUGAGGUAUCUAUCCUACAGUCUGAGGUAUCUAUCCUACAGUCUGAGGUAUCUAUCCUACAGUCUGAGGUAUCUAUCCUACAGUCUGAGGUAUCUAUCCUACAGCCUAGUUCUAUCCUACAGUCUGAGGUAUCUAUCCUACAGUCUGAGUCUGAGGUAUCUAUCCUACAGUCUGAGGUAUCUAUCCUACAGUCUGAGGUAUCUAUCCUACAGUCUGAGGUAUCUAUCCUACAGUCUGAGUCUGAGGUAUCUAUCCUACAGUCUGAGGUAUCUAUCCUACAGUCUGAGGUAUCUAUCCUACAGUCUGAGGUAUCUAUCCUACAGUCUGAGGUAUCUAUCCUACAGUCUGAGGUAUCUAUCCUACAGUCUGAGGUAUCUAUCCUACAGUCUGAGGUAUCUAUCCUACAGUCUGAGGUAUCUAUCCUACAGUCUGAGUAUCUAUCUAUCCUACAGUCUGAGUCUGAGGUAUCUAUCCUACAGUCUGAGGUAUCUAUCCUACAGUCUGAGGUAUCUAUCCUACAGUCUGAGGUAUCUAUCCUACAGUCUGAGGUAUCUAUCCUACAGUCUGAGGUAUCUAUCCUACAGUCUGAGGUAUCUAUCCUACAGUCUGAGGUAUCUAUCCUACAGUCUGAGGUAUCUAUCCUACAGUCUGAGGUAUCUAUCCUACAGUCUGAGGUAUCUAUCCUACAGUCUGAGGCAUCUAUCCUACAGUCUGAGGCAUCUAUCCUACAGUCUGAGGUAUCUAUCCUACAGUCUGAGGUAUCUAUCCUACAGUCUGAGGUAUCUAUCCUACAGUCUGAGGUAUCUAUCCUACAGUCUGAGGUACUAUCUAUCCUACAGUCUGAGGUAUCUAUCCUACAGUCUGAGGUAUCUAUCCUACAGUCUGAGGUAUCUAUCCUACAGUCUGAGGUAUCUAUCCUACAGUCUGAGGUAUCUAGGUAUCUCACAGUCUGAGGUAUCUAUCCUACAGUCUGAGGUAUCUAUCCUACAGUCUGAGGUAUCUAUCCUACAGUCUGAGGUAUCUAUCCUACAGUCUGAGGUAUCUAUCCUACAGUCUGAGGUAUCUAUCCUACAGUCUGAGAAGCUCGCCAUGCGGAAGCGCGAGGGGCCGUCCUUCACGUUGAGGAAGAGGAAGACGUGCACCAGCCCCAGCACCGCGUUGAAGGCCCUCCAGCACCAGGGGCCCGUGCAGAUGAGCAAACGCAGAGACCAGGACCAGGACCGGGACCAGGACCGGGACCAGGACCGGGACCAGUACCGGGACCAGGACCGGGACCAGGACCGGGACCAGUACCGGGACCAGGACCGGGACCAGUACCGGGACCAGGACCGGGACCAGGACCGGGACCAGUACCGGGACCAGGACCGGGACCAGGACCGGGACCAGUACCGGGACCAGGACCGGGACCAGGACCGGGACCAGUACCGGGACCAGGACCGGGACCAGGACCGGGACCAGGACCGGGACCAGUACCGGGACCAGGACCGGGACCAGGACCGGGACCAGGACCGGGACCAGGACCGGGACCGGGACCGGGACCGGGACCGGGACCGGGACCAGGACCGGGACCAGUACCGGGACCAGGAUCGGGACCAGGACCGGGACCGGGACCGGGACCGGGACCGGGACCGGGACCGGGACCGGGACCGGGACCGGGACCGGGACCAGGACCGGGACCAGUACCGGGACCAGGACCGGGACCAGGACCGGGACCAGGACCGGGACCAGGACCGGGACCAGGACCGGGACCAGGACCGGGACCGGGACCGGGACCAGGACCGGGACCGGGACCGGGACCGGGACCGGGACCGGGACCGGGACCGGGACCAGGACCGGGACCAGUACCGGGACCAGGACCGGGACCAGGACCGGGACCAGGACCGGGACCAGGACCGGGACCAGGACCGGGACCAGGACCGGGACCAGGACCGGGACCGGGACCGGGACCGGGACCGGGACCGGGACCGGGACCGGGACCAGGACCGGGACCAGUACCGGGACCAGGACCGGGACCAGGACCGGGACCAGGACCGGGACCAGGACCGGGACCAGGACCGGGACCAGGUGGAAACAACAGGACUGUCCUUCAGAGGAACUAAAGUAGCAAUAAUGAUAUCGUUAAUCCGGGUGAGGGAGGGUCUGCUGCCUCAGUCCGGGUGGAGGAGGGUCUGCUGCCUCAGUCCAGAUGAGGGAGGGUCUGCUGCCUCAGUCCGGGUGGGGGAGGGUCUGCUGCCUCAGUCCGGGUGGGGGAGGGUCUGCUGCCUCAGUCCGGGUGAGGGAGGGUCUGCUGCCUCAGUCCGGGUGAGGGAGGGUCUGCUGCCUCAGUCCGGGUGA